UUCAGCUUCAAAAGGAAAUCAAUCUUCCUCCAUUUCUCGUUCCCAAAAAGCCUUAAAAAUCUACAGAGGAGAAGAGAGAGAACUUCAUAAUACCCAUUGAAAGGAAUCGGAAAUGGCUUCAAGACCCAUUGUGCCACAACAAGUCAGAGGCGCCGAGGGCGUUGUAGGAGGAGCAGCUAAUAAGCAGACAAAGAAGAAUGCCGCAGGGGAUGGGAGGAGCCGCCGUGCAUUGGGGGAUAUUGGGAAUCUGGUAAAUGUUAGAGGAGUGGCUGAUGGCAAGCCUCAGCCUCAUCGUCCCCUCACCAGGUCUUUCUGUGCACAAUUACUUGCCAAUGCACAAGCUGCUGCAGCCGCUGAGAACAAUAAAAAAAAUGUUUGUGUUAAUGUGGAUAAGGCUCCUGUUCCCGAUGGAAACAACGCUGUGCCUAAAAGGGCUGCUGCUGCACCAAAGCCCGCUCAAAAGAAACCAACUGCAAAGCCCAAGCCUGCAGAAGUGAUUGAAAUCAGUCCGGAUACAGAAGAUGCGGUCCAGGUGAAGGAGAAAAAAGACAAGGUUCCUGUGAAUAAUAUUGAUAAGAAAGCAACUGCGGGGGAGGGACCAUCCAAGAAGAAAGCACAUACUCUUACUUCAGUCCUCACUGCUAGAAGCAAGGCGGCCUGUGGUAUUUCUAACAGGCCAAAGGAGGAGAUUGUUGAUAUUGAUGCUGCAGAUGCAAAUAACGACUUGGCUGGGGUGGAGUAUGUUGAAGACAUUUACAAGUUCUAUAAGUCAGUUGAGAAUGAGAGCAGGCCACAUGACUAUAUGCACUUGCAAACUGACAUUAAUGAGAAGAUGAGGGCAAUUCUUAUCGAUUGGCUGGUUGAUGUUCAUCAAAAGUUUGAGCUCUCUACCGAAGCUCUCUAUCUUACUAUCAAUUUGAUUGAUCGGUUCCUUUCAGUGAAGAUCGUGCCAAGGAGGGAAUUACAACUUCUGGGCAUGAGUGCAAUGCUUAUUGCCACCAAAUAUGAAGAAAUAUGGCCCCCUGAGGUCAAUGAUCUAGCAUGCAUUGCAGACAGAGCUUACACUCAUGAACAGAUACUGAUUAUGGAGAAAACUAUACUGGGAAAGUUGGAAUGGACUUUGACAGUGCCUACACCCUAUGUAUUUCUAGCACGCUUCAUCAAGGCAUCGAUUCCUGAUGAUGAGAAAAUGGAAAACAUGGUGUAUUUCCUGGCUGAGUUAUGUAUGAUGCAUUACGAGAGCACAAGGUACUGCCCAUCAAUGGUUGCUGCCUCAGCAGUGUAUGCUGCUCGUUGCACACUGAACAAGACCCCAACUUGGACUGACACACUAAAGUUUCACACUGGAUACUCUGAAGCACAGCUAAUGGAAUGUGCUAGACUGCUGGCUUUCUUCCAUUCGAAGGCUGCAGAAAGUAGGCUUCAGGUUGUAUACAGAAAGUACUCGAAUUCUCAACGAGGAGCUGUAGCAUUGCUUCCACCACCCCAAACUUUAUUGUCUGCCGCUGCUUCAGUUUGAUUAUAUUAUUGAUUUGAUGAUGAUUCCAUCCUUUGGCACAUUCUUGUACGGACAGAAUGACCAAAAAUGAGCAGAUUGACAUUGGUUUCAAAAAUUUAGAAGAAGUUGAAAAUUGAUGUCUAAUUUUGAUUA